CAUGGCCUCCGCUCCCAGUGAGCUGCUUCGCCUCCUGCUGCGCGUCCUGGGCGCCUUCUGGAGAAGCCUGGCGCCCUUCUGCUCCUGGCGCUGGGGGGCGCCCAUCCCACGGCGAGUCCCCAAGGCAGGACCCGCUGCCCGACCGGUGCCUGUCAGCGUCAACUACCACUUCACCCGCCGGUGCAACUACAAGUGCGGCUUCUGCUUCCACACGGCCAAGACUUCUUUCGUGCUGCCCCUUGCAGACGCCCAGAGGGGUCUCGGCUUGCUCAAGCAGGCGGGUAUGGAGAAAAUAAACUUUUCAGGGGGGGAACCAUUUCUUCAUGAGAGAGGAGAAUUCGUGGGGAAGCUUGUCCAGUUUUGUAAACGAGAGCUAAAACUCCCAAGUGUCAGCAUUGUGAGCAAUGGCAGCAUGAUAACAGAAAGGUGGUUCAAACGUUAUGGGGAGUACCUAGAUAUUCUGGCUGUUUCUUGUGACAGUUUCAACGAAGAAGUCAAUGUUUUAAUUGGCCGUGGGCAAGGAAAAAAGAACCAUAUAACAAAUCUCCAGAAGAUAAGAAAAUGGUGCCGAGACUAUGGUGUUGCUUUCAAAAUAAACUCGGUGAUUAACAGAUUCAACAUAGAAGAAGAUAUGAAUGAGCAGAUUAAGGCACUAAAUCCUGUCCGCUGGAAGGUAUUUCAGUGUUUGCUCAUUGAAGGGGAAAAUACAGGGGAAGAUGCUCUGAGAGAAGCAGAAAAAUUCGUCAUCAGUGAUGAAGAUUUUGAACUCUUCCUACAACGUCAUAAAGAUGUUUCAUGCUUGGUGCCUGAAUCUAAUACAAAAAUGAGAGAUUCAUACUUAAUUCUGGAUGAAUAUAUGCGUUUUCUAAACUGUACAAAUGGCCGGAAAGAGCCUUCCCGAUCAAUCCUGGACGUAGGUGUAGAAAAUGCUAUACAGUUCAGUGGAUUUGAUGAAAAUAUGUUUUUCAAGCGAGGGGGGAAAUAUGUAUGGAGCAAAGCAGAUAUGGCACUCGAAUGGUGAACAAACAUAUUUAGAAACUGCAGAAGUGCAGAAGUCAUGAACAUCUGAAUUAUUCUACUCUGCAGAGAAAGGUGCUUUUAAAGAAUUUCCC